CCGAGGACGGAGAAGGAGACGCAGACGUCGACUGACAGCGGCGGCCGUGUGCCGGAGAAUAGGGGUGAAAUGCACCCUUACCCACAUCUUCAAUCGGCCACGGCUUUUCCACUGGCGAACAUUCGCCACCAACAACGUGACUAGCAGGCCAGGAGAGCAGCAAGAAUAUUUCUCGAGCAGCAGGACCAAGUAGCGCACAGCAGGAAGAAUGAAGAGGUUAAUGGGUGGACAAUGGAGCGGUUGGCUACAGCGAUGUCGGGAAUCACGAGGACUCGUCCUGGUGAUCGUUGCCAUUGCCCUGCUGCUGGACAACAUGCUGCUCACCACCGUCGUUCCCAUCAUACCGGGGUUCAUCUACGACAUGAAACAUCCCAACGCGACCCUUAGCGAACACCUUGAGAUGGCAGUUGAAAAAACCACCCCAAUUAUGAAUACGACAACCACCACAAUGGCAACAACGACUCCAAAAUGUUCCUGUGGACUGAAUGCUUCAAAUAAUUCUCAGUUGGAAUUUCUUACAAGUGCAGGAACUACCAUGAAGUCGAUAGAGACCAGCACCAUGAACGCGACAUCUGUUCGUUCAGCAAAGGAAACAAGGCACAAGGAACUCCUGCAGGAAACUGUAGCAGUGGGAAUGAUGUUCGCUUCCAAGGCUUUCGUUCAACUCUUGGCCAAUCCCAUUGUUGGUCCACUCACACAUAAAAUUGGAUAUAGUGUACCCAUGUUUACGGGUUUCAUCAUUAUGUUUAUUUCAACAUUAAUAUUCGCCUUUGGACGCAGUUAUGGGGUUUUGUUUCUGGCAAGGGCUCUUCAAGGAAUUGGUUCUUCUUGUUCCAGUGUUUCAGGUAUGGGAAUGUUAGCCGAGAGAUAUCCGGACGAUAAAGAACGUGGAAACGCAAUGGGCAUAGCACUUGGUGGUCUGGCCCUGGGAGUUCUUAUUGGUCCACCCUUUGGCGGUUUUAUGUAUCAAUUUGUUGGAAAAUCCGCACCCUUCCUGAUCCUGUCAGCCCUGGCACUUGGCGAUGGACUCUUGCAGCUCCUAAUGCUUCAGCCAUCAAUAGUUUACACAGAAGCCGAACCGCCAUCGUUAAAAGCUCUUAUAACGGAUCCCUACAUCGUGAUAGCAGCCGGUGCCAUAACAUUCGCUAAUAUGGGUAUCGCUAUGCUCGAACCUAGUUUACCUAUAUGGAUGAUAGAUACCAUGGGCGCAAGUAAAUGGGAGCAGGGAGCCACAUUUUUACCUGCUAGUUUGAGCUAUCUCAUUGGAACUAAUUUAUUUGGUCCCCUGGGACACAGAAUGGGAAGAUGGCUCGCGUCUUUGAUUGGACUUGUCGUAAUUGGCCUUUGUCUUAUAUGUAUACCAUUCGCAAGAAAUAUAAAUCAUUUGAUAUUACCCAACGCUGGUCUUGGUUUUGCCAUUGGCAUGGUGGACAGUUCUAUGAUGCCUGAACUUGGAUAUUUAGUUGACAUACGUCACACAGCUGUUUAUGGUAGCGUUUACGCCAUUGGGGAUGUUGCAUUUUGUUUGGGAUACGCCAUAGGACCAGCCGUCAGCGGGACCUUAGUGAACAGUAUCGGUUUCGAGUGGAUGCUCUUCGGGAUAGCCCUUUUGAAUUUCCUCUACGCACCGCUCAUGUACAUCUUACGGGCGCCACCUACGAAAGAAGAGAAAAAGUCGCUAAUUAUCGGUGAAAAAUCGUCGGUUCGUUAUGUCACGUAUCAAAACGAGGAGGAGGAGCAGUAAACCGUUAAGGAGCCAGAAAGAAAAAUUUGUUAAUAAUAAUAUCGCUAAUAAGAAUUUUUUUUUCUUUUUCGUCAAACGCAAAUAUCAGACCAUCAGGAAUAUUGCGUCUAUGUUAAAAUUUGAGCUUUCAUACUUUCACUGUCGCGGCUAUUUUCUUUCCCUUUCUCGACCCUCUGUUAAGAAUGUAGAUUUGACUUUAGUCGCCAAGGAUUCUAUACGCUUUCUGCGAAUCAAAGUACCGUUGCAACGAUCGGCAAGACGAUCGAAGCUAUGAUAAUCGUAUCGGAGAAAAAAAGAUAUUAAACAGUAUAAAAAUAAACACGAAAACAGAGACUGAAAUCAGUAAGUCUCUUACAGGAGUUCCAAGACUCGAUCGUCCAUACCUGAACUCGUAUGUGGUACGUGUCUAGUAAAAUACCGAGUUUUCUGAAAAGUCAUAUCAGUAAUACAGAAUUAUCUAAGUAUCAAGUUUUCUUUAUAAAAUCAAUAAUUUUCAACUUUCUAAUUAACCUCUGACAAUGACAAACAAAAUUCUAUAUCCUUUUGGUAACAAUGAUGCUUAUUCAUUUUCAUAAGAUUAUUUACUCAUUUUAUCAGUAUUUCGAAUUUUCGGAUACUCGGUCGAUAGAUGAUAGGUUAGUAUGACACUCCUAACAUAUACGUAUCUAUUUUUAGGAUAAUUAUAUAUAUAUAUUAAUAUACACACCCGUACGUAUGAUCUACUGACAAACGUCAUUCAGUAUAACAAAUAUUUCAUUUCUCACUGUGUUAAAUUCUCAUAUUUUUCCAAAUGAAAUUCUCCAAGCUUCUUUAUCUUUCAUUUGAUCGUUGAGGGACGAACGCGAAGUAGUUGAUAAAUAAUAAUUAUCGUAAAGAGAAUAUACGAGACACUAUACUUGCUUGACGUAUAAAUUACGAAAAUAAUCUAGAAAGUAGAGGGAGCUACCGUUAAAGAGAGAAUAAGGAAAGACGAAGAAUAAAUUAUUCAUAGAAUUAUGUAUGUAUAAAUAUAUAAAUAGGUCUAUAAUUAUAAGACGGACGUAUACUAAUACCAUAGACCGUUAUACAAUGUAUGUUAAAGUAAAUGAGAUAAUUGACAAUGGCUUCAUUUAUGAGGACACGUUAGGUACAGAUAAUUAAUGUAUGUUGUAUCGCAUAAAGUUCAAGCCUGAUGUUCAGAAAAGAAACGUGGCUGCGUUUAAUUUGAGGAAAAUCUUAUGAAACGUCCGUACAGGAGAAGGCAAAGAAAUAUGUUAAAAAUCAAGAUCGAUUAAAGGAGCAAGAUUUUGAGUAAGAUAAAUGACUGAAGGAAUGAGAAUAUUCUGAAGAGGACGAUACGAGAGAAGAAUAAUAGACAAAAAGCCAAUUGUAAAAGCUUGCUUUCUCGCGACGGAAGGACGACGCUUAUUCUUCGUUGAAGAUUCAAAAUUUAUGAGAUUAAUUGGAGAAUCGCCCAUUCUGGAUUCCCUGAAUGGCUGCAGGGAAACCGUAAAUUGGAAUGGGCCUUUAUGAAGAAUUCUCCCACGUAUUCGAAGCAACGAAUUAGAUUAAUGGCGUUAGUUUGUCAAGUCGCCCGCGAAGAAGAAGGUCGGCCGUUUACCCGGAGUUUAGCAAUACUAACGAAAUUGGCGGCCGGGUCGAGUUCGUGAACGACCAAGAACACUUAAAGAGAGAAUUCGCAGUGAAAAACUACACGUGUAGCAACCCUUUCUAAUGUUACUUUAUGGAAAAAAAAUCUUAUAACGUACCUAAAGGCAAAAGAGAAAAGUGUCCCAGGCCUCUGGAAAAAAAAUUUAGCGCGUUCGUAGAAGCAAUAUUGAUAAAGAAAAACAAAAAAAAAGAAGCAAAAACCAAGAGAAAAAAAUGAGAUUGUACCGUAAUAAUUAACCGAUUGUUGUGUACACGCCAUUAUAACAUGGUGACUAUCGUAGUCGUUAGAAGGGAAUAUAUAUUGAUCGUUUGAAAUUUGAUCGUCGUUGGUAUUUAUUAUUCUUCAUUACGCUGGCAUUAAGCAUAUUAAAUAGAUCUAAUUGAAUAAUUUAAAACGAUGACUUUCGAUUCUACGCGAAUAAAAUAGUACGAUUGACUCGAGGAUAAAUCACCAAAUGGAUUAUAUGCUAUUAUAAACGUACAAGCUGUAUUAUUAGAGUUUAAUGUCCUACAAGAUCCUAAGCUACAGAGUGUACCCGAUAAUGCAUGUUAAACAAUUAGAUUAAUAUAUGCCAUUGCACCGUGAUAAACGUUACACGUAUUAGAUGUUUGAAUUUGUUCUAUGUAUAACGUAAAAGGAAUGUGUAUAAUUAUAUAGAUGUAUAAUCACUGUAAUAUUUUGGGCAUUAGAAUAGCAGAGUAGAGUUAAUCUUGGAGGCCUGGCACGCUAAGAGAAAAAAAUAUUUGUUCGCCAAAAAAAUUUGUUAAGACAGUAGAAUAGAUAUUUCGAAAAAUUGAAAUUAGAUGGUACUGACAGAUUUUUGCUGCGAAUUCACAUCGAACUAAAUGAGGCUACUUUGUAUUGCUUUGGUACUGCAUUGUUGGCCUACUCCCGGUACGAAACGCGAGUCAAUUUUUUUUGUCGUUCACGAGGAGGCAGCAUGAAGAGUGGAAACAGUGUGAGAGAAAAAAAUGAUUAUGAAAAAAUUUUAUAUAAUCAAAAAAUAUAUUAAUAGUAAUUGUAAUAACGAAGAUGCCUCUCGGAAGCUCGACCGGCCUUCUCUCGUCCACUGGCGAAUUUCGGAGCUGGUAUUUUUUUUCUAUUUGGAAAGUGACUUUUGAGUCAUUAACCAUUAGUUUGUAAUACACGUGCGCUUUGGAAAUAGUACAGAAUGUAAAUAAGUAGUUGCAAGGUGGGAGUGCUUGAAUGAGGAUGAUUGCCGUUGAUGAGGAUGAUCUUGUUUUGAGAGUGAUGAUAAUGUGCGUGACGAUAAUGACGCUGCUGCUGAGAUACCUUGAGGAAUGUUCUUUGAGCUCAGGAAUUAAUGAUUUCUUCAAAAUCUUCAUUUUUCACUAAUUCAAAAUUCUUUACUUGCUAGGCGACCAAUUGAAAUUCAUGGCAAGAUCAUUGAAUGACGUUUAUCUUGAUUCUAUGUAAACACAGUACUACGUUCACUUGUUAAACUUAUAAGUGACAGUUUUUUGAGAGCAGAAUUGGCAUAAUUUUUUGUAUAUUUAAAAGUAUCCCGAGUCUCUGUAUGGAAUAUAAAAAUGAAAGGAAAGAAAUGCAGAAUACAGUAAAAGGGGAGGAUAAGUAGUGAUCAUACUAGUAUAGAUAAGAGCAUCUCGAAUUGCGUAUGCAAUCAAUAAAAAGAAAAUGCGUGAACGAUGUGAAAAUGAAAAAAAAAAUAGAAAAAAGAUGAUGCCAAUGGUUAUGUACAAAGAAUGAAUGCAGAGGAGUAACGCGCGAUUUAGUGACAUAUCAUUUAUAACGGAAUACAACGAAGAACGUGAAUUCUUCAAAAUUCUUCAUCCUCCUCUGCCCCUUCUGUACUCUUUUUUUUGUUACAUAGCUUUGUACAUCAAUUUUACCAUUGGUUACUCGGUGUUGGGACGCUCUAAAAGUAAUGCAAAAAAAAUUAAGAGCAUGAAUUAUACUGAGCCAAAAUAAACUUGAGGAGCGUUUUCACACCGAAUAAUUUAUUAUAUAUAUAUGCACACGUAUAUUUGAGGUUGUAAUUGAUUUUUCCGUAUUUUUCAAUCUAAAAAUACCUCUGCGUCUUAAGGAAAUGAAUUAGGAAACGGAACUGUACGUAAUGAAUAUUAACCUCCCUUUCGCCCUAAAGUUGUCGCCUAAGGUCUUGUCGCUUGUCCCCACGAACUUCGAUUUCCGUUAACGCGCCGAAAGGGACCGAUUUUUAAAAUCGACAAAGCUCGGUGACUCGUUGAGGGCUGCUAUUGUGAACAGACAAUAAGCGAAAAAAAAAACCGAGAAGAGAGUUUAUCUCGUGCGCGCGCAACUCUUCCCGUACACGUCGAGAUGGCGGUUCGAUCGCCAAUACGAUCGAUAGAGAUAUCGACUUUUUGAGGGGCGAUCGACCAGCUUAUCAUUCCUUCUUUUAUUGCGUACAAAUUUCUGU